UCACUUCGUCUUCCGACCUUCUCUCCCCACCCCCCCUCCCGCCCCCACGAGGACGGCCCUUGAAGCCCCGCGAGCUCUGGGAAAGGGCGGGAAAGGCGGUUGGAGAGGGAGGGGCGAGCGGUUACUCACUCCAUGGCUGCGGAAAGGAGAGGAGGCGACGGCGGCGGCGGCCUCGGCUGAAGAGACGGUGGGAGCGGAGAGUGCAGGCGCGAAACCUCCCCAAGGUUGCAGACGCUGACGGAUUUGCCCCAGAGUUGGAGUAGCUGCCACCGGGAGAUUCCAGAGCCAUGAGUGGGUUUAACUUUGGAGGCACCGGGGCCCCUGCUGGCGGAUUUACAUUUGGCACUGCGAAGACUGCAACCACCACACCUGCCACUGGCUUUUCCUUCUCUGCUUCUGGCACUGGAGGCUUUAAUUUUGGGACUCCCUCCCAGCCAGCUGCGACCACCCCUUCCACUGGCCUCUUCUCACUCACCACACAGACCCCAACCACACAAACCCCAGGAUUCAACUUUGGAACAACACCGGCUUCUGGAGGGUCUGGCUUCGCCCUGGGGAUUGGCACACCAAAGCUCAACCUUAGCACAGCCGCCACACCAGCCACAGCCAACACUGGCAGCUUCGGGCUUGGCAGCAGCACCCUCACCAAUGCCAUCUCAAGCGGCAGCACCUCCAGCCAGGGGACAGCCCCCACCGGCUUUGUCUUUGGCUCCUCGGCCACCUCUGCUCCGUCCACUGGCUCCUCGGGGUUCUCCUUCACCAGCAGCAGUGCAGCCCAGCCUGCGGCUCCUGGCUUCAGCGCUGGCUCUGUGGGUGCCUCCGCCCAGCCCGCGGCACUGUCUGCCUCUCCCUUCACUCCAGCCACUCUGGUGACCACUACAGCAGGAGCAGCACAGCCAGCUGCUGCCACCCCCACUGCUGCCACUACCAGUGCAGGGUCUACACUCUUUGCUUCCAUAGCUGCUGCUCCUGCCUCGUCCAGUGCUACAGUGCUCUCCCUCUCGGCUCCAGUGACAGCUGCAGCCACUCCUAGUGCUGGGACUUUGGGCUUCAGCCUCAAGGCCCCUGGAGCAGCUCCUGCUGCCUCCACCACCAGCACCACUGCUACCAGCACCUCCUCCUCCUCCACAACCACCACUGGCUUUGCCUUGAGCCUGAAACCCCUGGUGCCAGCUGGCCCCAGCAGUGUGGCAGCUACUGGGACUGCUCUGCCUGCCUCCAGCACAGCAGCUGGAACUGCCGCGGGUCCUGCCAUGACCUAUGCACAAUUGGAAAGCCUAAUCAACAAGUGGAGCCUGGAGCUGGAGGACCAGGAGCGCCACUUCCUGCAGCAGGCCACACAGGUCAACGCCUGGGACCGCACACUGAUUGAGAACGGGGAGAAGAUCACCAGCCUGCACCGUGAGGUGGAGAAGGUGAAGCUGGAUCAGAAGCGGCUGGACCAGGAGCUGGAUUUCAUCCUUUCGCAGCAGAAGGAGCUGGAGGACCUUCUGAGCCCGUUGGAGGAGUCAGUAAAGGAACAGAGUGGCACCAUCUACCUUCAGCACGCUGAUGAGGAGCGCGAGAAGACCUACAAGCUGGCCGAGAACAUCGAUGCGCAGCUCAAGCGCAUGGCGCAGGACCUCAAGGACAUCAUCGAGCACCUGAACAUGGCUGGUGGCCCUGCAGACACCAGCGACCCCCUGCAGCAGAUCUGCAAGAUCCUCAAUGCGCACAUGGACUCCCUUCAGUGGGUGGACCAGAGCUCCGCCCUGCUGCAGAGGAGGGUGGAAGAGGCCAGCCGCGUGUGCGAGGGCCGGCGCAAGGAGCAGGAGCGCAGCCUGCGCAUUGCCUUUGACUAGCCCUGCCCAGCGGGGGGGCUCCUUGGCAGGCGGGCUGCUGGCUUUCUUCCAGGUGGCUGUGUUCAGAAUGUUGUUUGGUUUGACUCCCUGUUAGCAGAAGUGUUUUGCAGGACAUGGCCCUCAUGGAUGAACCUGUGUGCUCUGGAGACCAGCGAGAAGGUCACUGAGCUCUAGGCCAGCAGGUAAAGAACAAAGGCAAGUGUUAGCCCAGUGCUGCCUCACAGCAGGUUCAGUUUUCUCCUGUUUGUCCAACUCCUC